AUGGUUCGGUCGGCUGCAUCCAUAACCGUAGUGCCGGCUCGCCUGGAAGCACGGGAUCGACUUCGUGCAUUGGGUAUGCCAUUCCCAAAGCAAGAGUGCAAUGCCAUGGAAGCCGUUCUUUUAUUUGCCAUACAUCACCUGAAGUUCAAAUGGAAUGAAAUCUACUUGUAUGGCUGGUCAAUCGGUGGCUACACUGCCAGUUGGGCAGCUAUGAAUUACCCGUCUGUGGGUGGCCUGAUUUUGGAUGCCACGUUCGAUGAUCUGGAUGAAUUGGCUCGACGGACGGUUCCAGAUUGUUUGUUCGCUCGACUGCGGCCAGUCCCUUUGAGGCCAGUACCCAGGCUUGCCCUUUUGAAGGGCCGGUGCACAUGGCAGUUACUGUGGCGUGAUCAAGCCAUUGUGGCUUUGCUCUGCCUUAGACCUGACUGUGGCGUCCGCGAUACUGACACCUAUAGCAAAACUGCCGCUGAACGUUUCGCAGCCGACCUUGGUGGCUGCUGUCGUUCCGGUCUAAGAUUCCCCAAUCUUAUGGCUGCGGAAAACGAAGCACAAUUAACACAUUACUUGACACUGAGUGCUGAAGAACAAGCCCUGUUUGUAGAAGAAAUGAACUGUUCUCCCGAGCAACAUGCAUCGUACAUUUUGAAUUUUUUGAAAACUGAAGCUCAGCGAGCUCGGGUGACGGACAAUGAAGACACAACCAACCCCGGUCCCUACUCUGGUUUGUUUCCGUCUCAGCUGGGAAGUCAAAUAUCAGAUCCAACAACCAAGUUUGCCAUGCUGCUAUAUCUGGUUUCACGCUAUUUCACUGAGGCACCGGGUACCCAUUGUGCGCCAUUGUCGUCCUCCUGUUUCGAGCUUCCCUGGUGGCCUGGCGAAUGAGUCUGAGCCGAUAGAUACACUCUGACAAACCCCUCAUUCCGUGCUGCUGUAUGGUUAACUAUCACAAACCUACUUCCUUGUGUGCCGGAAGCAGUGAUCGCCUCGGCUUCGAGUCACAUCUAGCCUCACAGUUAUUUCAACUGGGGGGGGGGGGGGGAUAUGUUGGGUUCGCAAUAUCACCGAGAUCCACUUACAUACGCUUUGAAAUCAUUUUAUAAAAAAAAACCUAUGACAAGUCUAGCAUAACUUUACUCGUUUUGAUUUUACUCCAGGUUUUCUUUCGAAUUGUUGUUUUUCGUUCUCUAGAGUCUAUUAUACCCUCAGUCUGAAUCAUUUUUUGUUCAAUGAACUUCAGUGGAAUUUGACGAAUCACAGGUCGUACUUUAAAACCAAAUCGAC